AAGCUGACCAUGGAUCUUCCCAGCCGCCGAGGGAGAGUCGACUUGCUGGAGAAGUCCAGCUCCACGACGAAAAACCAAAAAAAGAAAUCAAGAAAAAUGACCAGAGUCAUUUCUCCAGUUUUUUAUGCGUAACCAUGUACUAUGUAAAGAAAAAAUAACAACAACAAAAGUCACCCCGUUGGCAACUUCCGUAUUCAUUAUUCAAGACCCCCAUGCGACAAAGUCCCGCGACAACAAUCGGUAACCAAGUAACACAAAACCGGCUUGUUCCUCCGAGUACACGACAAGAUCAAGCGAACGCAAACCAAAAGCCAAGAAAACAUCGGGCUUGCAACUCAACGAAAAAUUGACCACGACAGCCAGUCGACCGACCGAACGCCUUUUCGCCUGUUCGUUCUUUGGCUAUGGACCGACCACCCUAAUCAACCCCACUUUCUAAUCCCGCCCGCUAACCCCAAGCAACUUCGAACGAUGCGACUGAAGGCGACGAGCUGCAAUCGAUUUUGUAUCUCGCUCGUCUGGGGCCUUGCGCUACUCGGACGUCAUGGCUCGGCCGCUCAGCCGGGUCGCGACGCGCAGGCCGCCGCCGCCGCCUCCGCGAUAGGAUCAUGCGAGGCGAGGACCAUCAACUACAUAACUCACACCUUGCCGCAGCAAUGUCUGCGCACCUCUUGGUCCAGCGCUUCCAACGACGCGGCGGCAGCUCCGGCAGGACCAAUCGUCACUUCAACCACGGGCGAACCGACAGCGGCCCCUGAAACGGAAGGGCAAAACAAUGACCAGAAGACAGAUAGUGAAACGGGUGGCGCAGACGAUGGCCAGGAUCAGGAGCUGGCCACCAGCUCGUUCAUGUCCUUUGAGGAGUGGAAAGAGCUUCAGUUGAGAAAGGCAGAGCAGGAAGCCGACGAUCUCAAGGCCCGGAACAACGAUGACGGGUCGGGCCAGCAACAGCAGCAAGGCGGAGAAGGAGGUCGAGACGAGGGAGAGACAAACCUGGAUUUUGACGCACUGUCGGAGAAGGUCUCUGAGAUAACGGCUUCGGGAGCUGGAUCGACAGGCGAGGCUACGGGUAAGCAGCUGGAGCAACAGAAGCAGCAGCAAGACAGCAAGGGUGAGGAUCUUGCCAUAUACGAUGGCCUCGACUACACCCGCAGCAAAGACGCAGGCAAAACAUGCAAGGAGCGAUUCUCAUAUGCCUCCUUUGACGCCGGCGCUACGGUUCUCAAAACUGGCCCGCGCGCUAAGAACGCAAAGGCCAUCUUGGUCGAGAACAAGGACUCAUACAUGUUGCUCGAGUGCGCCCAGCCCAACAAGUUCGUCAUCAUCGAGCUGAGCGACGACGUCCUGGUCGACACCGUCGUCAUUGCCAACUUUGAGUUCUUCUCCAGCAUGAUCCGUACGUUCCGCGCCAGCGUGAGCGACCGUUACCCCGUCAAGCUGGAGAAGUGGAAGGUCAUUGGCACAUUCGAGGCCCGCAACCAGAGGGAUAUCCAGGCCUUCUUGGUCGAGCACCCCCAGAUCUGGGCCAAGUAUAUCCGUAUCGAAUUUUUGAACCACUACGGCAGCGAGUUCUACUGUCCCAUCUCGCUGGUACGCGUGCACGGCACCCGCAUGAUGGAUUCGUGGAAGGAGGUCGAGGGUGGCCGUGAUGACGAUGACGAGGCCAUUGAUCAAGGCAUGCCCACUAUUUCUCAGCAGCCAUCCGAGCCGCAGCCGCAGCCAGCAGUCGAGGAGCCAAGUCCGCCCGAACCUGUGCCUGCGGACAAUGCGACCAGUGCCCCUCCAGUCGUCACUGAAAUGGGGCUCACACCAUGGGAACCCAUAUUCCGCGAGUUCUCCUCGUUUGAGAUGUGCGAGAUGCCAGAACCAACGGCCACAGAUUCUGGCCUAGCUGGCCAGUCUUCGGUAGUCUCCGGGCCCGAGACUCAGCCUAUGCAUGAUGGAAGACCUCAUGAUUCUGUAGAUGGGAACCGAUCAACGGCACAGAAACCAGUAUCAUCGUUGACGUCCGCCAUUUUCAAAGAGACCGCUGCGCCUCGAGGAAAUGUCACAAUGCCUGAUCCGGCAGCUUCCGUUUACAAUAUCGAAAAUCUGGUACCACCACCGCUGGCAUCAACCGAAUCACCAUCAGGGGCUAAGGAUCCCGCCUCUACUUCAUCAACCUCCACACAAGCUUCGUCCUCCAAACAUGUUAGCAACAGCAGCAAGCAUAAAACACUAGUAUCUAAACCUUCCUCGGCCUCGGCCAAACCCGCGAUGCCCAAGCCGUCAAGCACAGUGCCUUCUUCAGCUAGGAACAGAACCGGCACCAACACCAACAGCGCAGCGGCAGCGUCCCCAACCGUACAAGAAUCCUUCUUCAAGACGGUUGCCAAGCGCCUGCAGUUGCUCGAGUCCAACACCUCACUUUCGAUGCAGUACAUUGAGGACCAGUCCCGCUUCCUUCAGGAUGCCCUUGCGAGGAUGGAACGCAAGCAAAUCUCGCGGGUCGACACCUUCCUCGACACCCUCAACCGGACCGUUCUGGCCGAGCUCCGCUCAGUCCGUUCCCAGUACGACCAGAUCUGGCAGAGCACCGUCAUCGCUCUCGAGUCGCAACGUGACCAAUCCCAGCGCGAGAUCGUCGCCCUCAGCGACAGGCUCAGCGUCCUAGCAGAGGAGGUUGUUUUCCAGAAGCGCAUGGCCAUCCUGCAGUCCAUUCUGCUGCUGGCCUGUCUAGUCCUCAUCAUAUUCUCCCGUGCGUUCGGCGGUGCCGCAUCGACGGUCACCUUUUCCGGGACCCCGCGCCACUCGCGCUGGGCAUUCACCAUGCCCAUGUCUCCUCCUCCUUCCGCCGGCCCCCCUACAGGCAGGAGAUACGGUCCGGGCCCGCCAUCACCCUCGCCAUCGCCAUCCAGGCUCGGCAGCAUUCCACCACGGUCGCCGCCAGAAGAUGACGACCGGCUGGCUGCCAUCGAUACCCGUCAUCGGUACGCCGACAAGACUCUACCCCUAACGCCGACUUCCGAGUACGACGCCGGCGGGCGGGAAGUUACACCCGUAAUUCACGUGGUCGACGAAACAGGCGAGCCCAGCUAUUUUGACGACACCGCUAGCUUCUCUUCGCCCCAACGGCUGGGAAGCGAGGCGAGCGAUGCCACCCCUGACCUUGGCUACGGCAGCGAUACACACGUAGAGCCCGCCGACCCAGUGGUCAUUUCCUCGGAACCUGCCGAUGAGGAGAAUGUCUCCCGUGCCGAGCAGGCCAAGUACCCACCUGGGGGUGAGGAAAACGAUGGCUUUGAGGCCGACGCUGCUGAUAAAGAAGUAGAGGGAUCUGGUCCCCCUUUAACGAGAACCACACUGCCCGACUUUGGGGAUUCUCGAAAGCCGCUCCCUGCUCUGCCUGAAAGCCCAUAAAUCAGGCCGAGUUUUCAACUGGCAAAUCAAACUUUGUCCUAUAGAUACCCUGCAUUUGUACUUACACAGCGUAACAUAGUUCUUGCGGUUGUUUUCUGACUUUAAUUUAAUCGACGUUUCUGAAG